AGCACAUCCAGACGAGACUGCAGGGGCAGUGGCUGAAAAGUGAAAGCAGAAUAGAGUCUGAGGACUGAACCUUCCUUUCUUUUCUGUAUCUGGGCCCACCCCUUUCUGCUUACUGCCUUUCUGCCAUUCCCAUUUCCUCCUCUUCUUUUCAGGAGAGAAAAUAUUGAACUUGGAAAGACAGCUCCACAUUUCCAUAGUAAUGGCACUCUUUUCUUCCCUGACCCCACUCUUUACAGCCAUUAUAUGUGUUUUGAUUGGGGUAAUACUGAAGAAGAAGAAUGGAGAGAGAGAAAAACGUGAGACUAAAAGCAAGCCUCUAUCUCAUCCAUGGGUGGAUGAAGACUUAAAAGAUUGUACUGACCACCAGUUAGAGGAAGAAGAAGUUGAUGAAGGAUGGCAAGGAUUUGAUGAAAACAUUGCCCAUGUCCCCUUCUUUGCUGAGCGCUACUCUGAGGCUGAAAUGAUUAAAAGGUCACAAGAGUUUUACAAACUUCUUAAUAAGAGGCGGUCUGUCAGGUUUCUCAGUGAUGAGCCAGUCCCCAGGGAGGUUAUCGAUAAUGUCAUCAGAACAGCAGGUACUUCACCCAGCGGAGCACACACUGAACCCUGGACCUUUGUGGUAGUGCAAGAUCCAGAUUUAAAACAUAAGAUUCGGGAGAUUGUAGAAGAAGAAGAAGAAAUAAACUACAAAAAACGGAUGGGAGACAGAUGGGUUAAUGACCUGAAAAGACUGAGAACCAACUGGAUCAAAGAGUACCUGGACACUGCUCCUUAUCUGAUCCUCAUUUUCAAGCAGGUAUAUGGGAGACUUCCAAAUGGCAAAAAGAAGACCCAUUACUACAAUGAAAUCAGUGUUUCUAUUGCCUGUGGUAUCUUGCUUGCUGCACUGCAGAACGCAGGCCUAUACACAGUGACCUCCACACCCUUGAACUGUGGCCCACACCUGCGAGUGCUGCUUCAGCGCCCAGCAAAUGAGAAGCUACUCUUGCUGCUCCCUGUCGGCUAUCCCAAGAAAGAUGCCACUGUGCCUGCGCUGACCCGAAAGCCACUGGAAGACAUCAUGGUGGUCAUGUGAGCCCCAUGCCAGAAGGAAGGAGCCCACUCCAGUGCCAGCUAGUAAGCAUUAGUCCUCUAAAGUUGUUCCUGCUUUUCCUGUGUAUUGUGCUCAGCUUUCAUCCUCCUAUGUCACUGCUGCUCUGGCUGUUUACACCUAUAUAUCUUUUAGUGCUAGUAGUAACAGUGGCUGCUCCUACUAAUAGCAGCAAGCAGCCAAGCACUGUGAAUUUGACAGGUGCUGUUAUCAAUGAGCCUAGCUGAUUCCCUGUUCCGGGGAACAUGUACAAUGACAUUUAAAUGACCUUCAUUGCUUGGUUUUUCUUUUGUGCUUUAUGGGACAAAUCUCUCCUUGAACUGGAACGUAUCUUCUCCUGAUAUUUUUGUGAUUACCAUUACACAGUUAUUUCCACUUCAGAAUUUCAAUGGAGGUUGUAUUAAAAGAUAUGAAGAGACUUCAGCAGCUCACCUGUGUUACAUUGCUCAGUGUGUGUUCUUUAAAAGCCCCUUUUUCUUUACUGUGUUUUGUUUUGCAUAGAAGGAAGAUAAUUUUCUCAUAUAUAGCAGUAUUUUCCCUACUCGACUGAGCUCAAAAGCGUUGCCUAGAUCAGACUUUUUAAAACUAUUGCUGAUAUAAAUCUCCUCAGUUGUGGGAGGCCUAGUAUAAAAAAAGGAAUCCAAGUAAUUUCCUUGUCAUUUUUACAAUGCUUCAGGCACAGUUAGACCAUAUGACAUCUGUCGGCUAGCCCCCCUCCCUGUAUUAGCUGCUUCCACUGGAAGGGACCCAGAGUGAACUGCAAUACUGAUUAUCCUAUUAACACCUACCACCAUACCAGUUUUAAACUCUGAAAUUUAAACUGCUUUAGAGACUCUGAUACAAAAGAGGUGCUUUUAUGUCAUGCCAAAUCAGGUGUAUUUUGGUUUAUUUUAAGACCACUUUUCACAAAAGCAACUCUCCCUACAAAAGGCCUUGUCUACAGGCAAGAUUUGAAUUGACAUCGCUCAGAGCGUCUGCACUGAGUUUGUGUUACUGUAUCCAUGUCGGCAGAGCUCCCUUGUGGAGUUUUGGUUUCUGCCUCUUUCUUGAACAGCACAAGAUAAAACCACUGGAAGAGUGAAGUCCUCUCCUGAAGCUGGCUAUGCUGUUAUAUACCAUCACUCCCUGCUCUCUGCUGCUUGUAACUCUUCUGAAAGACCUGGGACAAAUUCAGCCAAAUUAGCUGCAGACUCCCUUGUCGAUUGCUCACGUUAACUCACAUUUGUCUGAAAUGAGUUAGGGCCUGUUUAACAUGAUCUGCUGUCAGCUAUGCAAGUGGCGGGGAUAAUGCUUGGAACAGGUACAGCUUUUUGCAGUGUGAAUGUCUGUCUGUUGCCUAAUGUGGAAAACUAUUUUUCUCUCUGGCAGACCGUUUUACUCGUAUUUAGCAGGCAUGGCUAUGUGUCCAUCUGCUGUACUACGUUUCCCUAUCCUUCCCACAUUCUCAGUAGUAUAGCAAAGGCAGGGAGUUUCUAAUGAAGACCUAGCCUGAAAUGAGCUUUGUAACAGUGCAGUAAAAUCAAAAAGAUGAUCUGUGUAAACACACUUGCUGCAUUCCA